AUGCCAAUCAGAGCCGUCCUCUUCGACUUCAUGGGCACCUGUCUCGACUGGCACUCCAGCAUCGUCGCCGCCCUCCCAUCUCAGAUGUCCCCACCCGAAAAAUCAGACUUCGCCCUGCAAUGGCGACACGCAUACUUCGACGCGAAUGCGGCUCGUCUCGCGAGCGGUGAGCCGCCAGAGAACAUCGACAUCACGCACCGUAACGUCUUGGACGCGCUUCUGGAGAGCCGCCCGGAGAUCGCGCCGUUGUUCACGGACGAAAGCAGAGCCAGAAUGGUGCGAGAAUGGCAUCACCAGAAAGCCUGGGACGACGUCCAACCGGCGGUAAGAGAAUUGAAAGCGAAAGGGUACGAAGUCUUUGUGCACGCGAACGGGACGACGAGACUGCAGCUUGAUCUGGUCCAAUCCUCGGGCUUAUCUGGAUCUUUCGCAAUGCUCUUCUCUUCGGAAUUGCUUGGGGUCUAUAAGCCUGCCGCGCGGAAUUAUGAGAGAGUUUUGGAACUCAUUGGCAGGGAGGCGGCGGAGUGUGUCACGGUCGCGGCGCAUGCGUAUGAUUUGAGAGGUGCGAAGGGAGUGGGGAUGAAGACUGUGUAUGUUUACAGAUGGACGGAUGAUGUGCUCGAGGAUCAGGAAGUGGUCAAGAAUGAGAACGAUGCGUGGUUGGACGGCAUGGAAGCGCUUGGGGAAGUCAUUGAGAGGCUGUGA